AGGAGAUCCACGACAUACCCAUGAAUGUCAUCAUUAGACCCAUUCCUCCCAUUCUGGAUGAGCUCAAAGUGAAGAGUCUUAUGAAUACCAUUGAAACAUUACCAGAAACUGUUCCGCCGAUAGACGUGCUGUGGAUUGUGGGCACAAAUGGUGGUAAUUAUUACUACUCCUUCGGCGGUUGUCAUCGAUAUGAAGCCCAUAAAUGUUUGGGUCGACCGACCAUUCGUUGCAAACUCGUUGAGUCCAAUGUCAAUGACUUGAAGUGUUAUUUGGGUUCUUCGACACCCGAUCUCAAG